AGCUGAAUGAAAAUGGGUACACAGGUGUUCUCAUUGCCAUCAACCCAGCUGUCCCUGAAGAUCCAGCACUCCUUCAAAGCAUUGAGGACAUGAUAAAAGACGCAUCAAGCUAUUUAUACUAUGCUGCUGGGAAAAGAUUUUAUUUUAAGGAAGUGACUGUAUUGGUUCCUUCUAACUGGACAGGCAAAUAUGAGAGGGCUAAAACUGAGAGGUAUGACAAGGCCCAUAUCAUUAUUGAUGAGCCAAACCGUGCAUAUGGAGAUGAGCCCUACACCCUCCAGUAUGGUCAAUGUGGAGAUGAGGGCCAGUAUAUCCAUCUCACCCCAAACUUCAUGCUAGACGACAAGCUUGUUGCCGUGUAUGCAAAAAGAGGUAGAGUUUUAGUGCAUGAAUGGGCUCAUCUACGGUGGGGUUUAUAUGAUGAGUAUAGUGAUGAAGAGCCAUUCUACCUGUCUAAAGAGGUUACAGUUGAGGCAACAAGGUGUAGCAAAAACAUUGAUGGUAAGCAAUGCACAUCUAGAGAGGACUGUGUGGACUGUGCAAAAAACACAACAACUGGAUUGCCCACCAGUGACUGCAUGUUUCUACCAAAUCAAUCCUCAACAGCAAAAGAAUCAAUUAUGGCUUAUCCAGGCUUAAACAGUGUGAGUGAGUUCUGCACAACAGAGACUCAUAAUGCUGAAGCCCCAAACAGACAGAAUCAGAUGUGUGGCAACAGAGCAGCUCUGGACGUGAUCCUCAACAGCUCUGUGGAUGCUGGAGCUCAACAAUCAUUUGCCACCAUUCCCAGCGUAAAUAUCACCUUUGUACAAAGGAAGUCCAGGGUUGUGUGCCUCACCUUGGAUGUGUCAUCGAGCAUGUCGUUGAAUGAUAAAAUACUGCGUUUGCGGCAAGCAGCGACCUUGUUUCUUCGAGAGAUCAUUGAGGAUACAGCUCAUGUUGGUAUCGUGCAGUUUAGUACUGAGGCCGAAAUUCUGAAAGGCUUGACAGAGAUCAACGGUAACCAAUCCAGAGAGGAUCUUGUCAGUGCUCUCCCAACUGGGACAAUUUUAUAUACAUAUGUAUGCAAGGGACUUUUAACAACCUUGGAGGUAUUAAAGCAACAUGAUCAGAGUGCAGAGGGAGAUGAGAUAGUUCUUCUCACUGAUGGUGAAGCAACGGACAAUAUAAUGACAGAUUGUUUCAACGACAUUACCAGGAGUAAUGUGAUUGUGCACACUAUUGCUCUGGGAAAAUCUGCAGACAAUACACUAAAACACAUGUCAGAUGAAACAGGUGGGAUUUUCUUUUAUGCCGCAGAGAGUUUGGACUCCAAUGAACUGGUAGAUGCCUUUGCCUCUCUUAUAACUUCUGAUGGAAAUUUAACUCAUCAGGCAAUCCAGCUUGAAAGCUCUGGGAAUACAAUCACUGAUUGGUUUAAUGGGACAUUUUCUGUGGACUGGACUGUUGGAAAAGACACAGCUAUUACCAUUGUCUAUGAAGUAUCAGGAUCCUCUCCAAUCAUAUUCAUCGAAGGUCCAAGUGGAGAGAGUUUCACUCAGUCAGACUUCAUUCAUGACCCUUCUGCAAGGACCUUGACUUUGAGAAUACCAGGAACUGCCAAGAUUGGAGAAUGGCACUAUAGUCUACUUAAUAUGGGUAGCAAACAGGCGAUGGCAAUCACUGUAACCACCCGUGCUGCCAGCGCUAAUGUGCCCCCUAUCACAGUGAGAGCACACAUGGACCAGAACUCUGCUGAUGGUAGAAAAGCCAUGUUGGUCUAUGCAGCUGUCACUCAGAAGGGAUUGCCUGUUAUAAUGGCAGAUGUCACAGCCACACUUGAGUCUGAUGCUGGGCAUAUGGCAUUGCUACAGUUGGAGGAUAAUGGAGCAGGUGCUGAUGCCUUCAGACAUGAUGGCAUCUAUUCAGCAUAUUUCAUUGAUCUGAAGACAGGAAGGUACAGCCUGAAAGUGAGAGUACAAAACAAGGGCAAAGCCAGGAUCUCUACACACAGACGCAGCGGAGCACCUUACAUCCCUGGAUAUGUGGUCAACGGCCAAGUGGUGCUGAAUCCCCCAAAGCCUCCUGUCAAUAAUGAACCAGUAGAGGUGGGAAGCUUCAGCAGGACAGCCACAGGAGAGAGUUUUGUGGUGGAGUUAGGAUCUACAGACCCUCCACUAUUUCCUCCAUGUAAGAUCAUAGACCUGAAGGCCAAACUGGAGGGAGAAAAUGUCACUCUCACCUGGACUGCUCCUGGGGCGAUCUAUGACCAGGGAACAGCCUCACUCUACCAUAUCCACUGGAGUAAAGACUUGGAGUUGCUGAGAAGGGAGUUUAAUGAGACUCGUGCUGUCAACACAUCAGCACUGUCACCACAAGAGGCUGGCUCCAUUGAGGAAUACACAUUCAGCUCAUCCAACUUCAAUAUCACCAAUGGCACUACUGUCUUUUUUGCCAUUGCAGCUGAAAAUGCAGACCCUUUGCAAUCAGAAAUGUCAAACAUUGCCCGUGUGGUCAAAUUUGAACCUCCAGUAUACAUACAUACCCAACAACAUAACAGCAUAAAUGUGAUAGCAAUCGCAGUAAGUGGCACAGUGGCUGCCAUUGUAGUAAUGAUUGCAGUAAUUAUUUACAUUUAACAGCUUUGUUGCAAAAACCAACAACAUAACAGCAUAAAUGUGAUAGCAGUCGCAGUAAGUGGCACAGUGGCUGCCAUUGUAGUAAUGAUUGCAGUAAUAUUUAGAUUUAACAGCUUUGUUGCAAAAAACACAAGGUGUGUCAUAAAUAAC